AUGCCGGGGGGCAAGAGAGGGCUGGUGGCACCGCAGAACACAUUUUUGGAGAACAUCGUCAGGCGCUCCAGCGAAUCGAGUUUCCUACUGGGAAAUGCCCAGAUUGUGGAUUGGCCUGUAGUUUAUAGUAAUGACGGUUUUUGCAAACUCUCUGGGUAUCAUCGAGCUGAUGUCAUGCAGAAAAGUAGCACUUGCAGUUUUAUGUAUGGAGAAUUGACUGACAAGAAAACCAUUGAGAAAGUCAGGCAGACUUUUGACAACUACGAGUCAAACUGCUUUGAAGUUCUUUUGUACAAGAAAAACAGAACCCCUGUUUGGUUUUAUAUGCAAAUUGCACCAAUAAGAAAUGAACAUGAAAAGGUGGUUUUGUUCCUAUGCACUUUCAAGGACAUUACAUUGUUCAAACAGCCAAUAGAGGAUGAUUCAACAAAAGGUUGGACAAAAUUUGCCCGAUUGACACGGGCUUUGACAAAUAGCCGAAAUGUUUUGCAACAGCUCACGCCAAUGAAUAAAACAGAGGUGGUCCACAAACAUUCAAGACUAGCUGAAGUUCUUCAGCUGGGAUCAGAUAUCCUUCCUCAGUACAAGCAAGAAGCGCCAAAGACGCCACCACACAUUAUUUUACACUAUUGUGCUUUUAAAACAACUUGGGAUUGGGUGAUUUUAAUUCUUACCUUCUACACCGCCAUUAUGGUUCCUUAUAACGUUUCCUUCAAAACGAAACAGAACAACAUAGCCUGGCUGGUGCUGGACAGUGUGGUGGAUGUUAUUUUUCUGGUUGACAUUGUUUUAAAUUUUCACACGACCUUUGUGGGACCUGGUGGAGAGGUCAUUUCUGACCCCAAGUUGAUCAGGAUGAACUAUCUGAAAACUUGGUUUGUGAUAGAUCUAUUGUCUUGUUUACCUUAUGACAUCAUCAAUGCCUUUGAAAAUGUUGAUGAGGGAAUCAGCAGUCUCUUCAGUUCUUUAAAAGUGGUGCGUCUCUUGCGACUGGGCCGUGUUGCCAGGAAAUUGGACCAUUACCUAGAGUAUGGAGCAGCGGUCCUUGUGCUGCUGGUGUGUGUGUUUGGACUAGUUGCUCACUGGCUGGCCUGCAUAUGGUACAGCAUUGGGGACUAUGAGGUCAUCGAUGAAGUUACAAACACCAUCCAAAUAGACAGUUGGCUCUACCAGCUGGCCUUGAGCAUUGGGACUCCGUAUCGAUACAAUACCAGUGCAGGGAUAUGGGAAGGAGGACCCAGCAAGGAUUCACUGUAUGUGUCCUCUCUCUACUUUACCAUGACAAGCCUUACAACCAUAGGAUUUGGAAACAUAGCUCCUACCACAGAUGUGGAAAAGAUGUUUUCCGUGGCCAUGAUGAUGGUUGGCUCUCUUCUUUAUGCAACUAUUUUUGGAAAUGUUACCACAAUUUUCCAGCAAAUGUAUGCCAACACCAACCGGUACCAUGAGAUGCUGAAUAAUGUACGGGACUUUCUGAAACUCUAUCAGGUCCCCAAAGGCCUUAGUGAACGAGUCAUGGAUUAUAUUGUCUCAACAUGGUCUAUGUCAAAAGGCAUUGACACAGAAAAGGUCCUUUCCAUCUGUCCCAAGGACAUGAGAGCUGAUAUCUGUGUUCAUCUAAACCGGAAGGUUUUUAAUGAGCAUCCUGCUUUUCGAUUGGCCAGCGACGGGUGUCUGCGCGCCUUGGCGGUAGAGUUUCAAACUAUUCACUGUGCUCCUGGGGACCUCAUUUACCAUGCUGGAGAAAGUGUGGAUGCCCUCUGCUUUGUGGUAUCAGGAUCCUUGGAAGUCAUCCAGGAUGAUGAGGUGGUGGCUAUUUUAGGGAAAGGGGAUGUAUUUGGAGACAUCUUCUGGAAGGAAACCACCCUUGCUCAUGCCUGUGCCAAUGUCCGAGCACUGACAUACUGUGACCUCCACAUCAUCAAGCGAGAAGCCUUGCUUAAAGUCCUGGACUUUUAUACAGCUUUUGCAAACUCAUUCUCAAGGAAUCUCACUCUUACUUGCAAUCUAAGGAAACGGAUCAUUUUCCGCAAAAUCAGUGAUGUGAAGAAAGAAGAGGAGGAGCGCCUCAGGCAAAAGAAUGAGGUCACCCUCAGCAUCCCCGUGGACCACCCGGUAAGAAAGCUCUUCCAGAAGUUCAAGCAGCAGAAGGAGCUGCGGAAUCAGGGGUCAACGCAGAGUGACCCUGAGCGGAACCAUCUGCAGGUAGAAAGCUGCUCCUUACAGAACGGAGCCUCCAUCACUGGCACCAGUGUGGUCACCGUGUCACAGAUUACGCCCAUUCAGACAUCUCUGGCCUAUGUGAAAGCCAGCGAGUCCCUCAAACAAAACAACCGUGAUGCUAUGGAACUCAAGCCCAGUGGCGGUGCUGACCCCAAAUGUCUCAAAGUCAACAGCCCCAUAAGAAUGAAGAAUGGAAAUGGGAAAGGGUGGCUGCGGCUCAAGAAUAAUAUGGGAGCCCAUGAGGAGAAGAAGGAAGACUGGAAUAAUGUCACUAAAGCUGAGUCGAUGGGGCUACUCUCUGAGGACCCUAAGGGCAGUGAUUCAGAGAACAGCAUCACCAAAAAUCCACUAAGAAAAACAGAUUCUUGUGACAGUGGGAUUACAAAAAGUGACCUUCUUUUGGAUAAGGCUGGGGAGGCGCGAAGUCCGCUAGAGCAUAGCCCCAUCCAGGCUGAUGCCAAGCACCCCUUUUAUCCCAUCCCUGAGCAGGCCUUACAGACCACACUGCAGGAAGUCAAACACGAACUCAAAGAGGACAUUCAGCUGCUAAGCUGCAGAAUGACUGCCCUGGAGAAGCAGGUGGCAGAAAUUUUAAAAAUACUUUCAGAAAAAAGUGUGCCCCCGACCUCUUCUCCCAAAUCCCAAAUGCCACUCCAAGUACCUCCCCAAAUACCAUGUCAGGAUAUUUUUAGUGUUUCAAGGCCUGAGUCACCUGAACCUGACAAAGAUGAAAUCCACUUUUAA